UAGACAAUUAUCAUUUUGUUCAACAAGCAAAUCAAGCUCAACUUAAAAAGGAUUUAUUCUUUGAAAUUCCAAAACACAAUCUCAACACAAAUCAUGCCUGCCGCUACAACCAAAAAAGCCACCACUCCCAAGAAGGCCUCAGCUGCUAAAGUAUCAUCGCACCCACCUUUCGCCUCGAUGAUCAAGAAGGCAGUGAAAGAACUUAACGAGAAGGGAGGCUCAAGCAAAGCUGCGAUUAUGAAGUACAUCAACGCCAACUACAAAGUGGACGAAAAGGCCGCCAACCAUGUCAAAGUCGCCCUCCGAAGGAUGUUGAACAAAAAGGAACUAGUCCAUGCUUCAAGCAAGAGCCACGGAGCCAGCGGGAGCUUCAAACUUCCUGCGAAAGAGUCAGCGGCAACGAAACCCGCCAAGAAGACUAGCCCAAAAAAGAAGUCUCCAGCCAAGAAGGCAGCGGCGGCAGCCGCACCAGCAGUAGCCAAACCCGCAGAAAAGAAAGCGGCCUCGCCCAAGAAAGCAAAGAAGAGUCCAGCUAAGCCAAAAGCAGCCAAGAAGUCUCCGGCAAAGAAAGCGGCCAAGAAACCAGCAAAGAAAUAAGGUUUCUUCCCAAAAGUGAAGAUUCAAUCUUGCACAAUACUAGAUGGCAAUACUAGAAACUCAAAAUUAGCUGAUUUGAGAUUGUUUCUCUUUGUUGAUUUGUUUUCGCAUAGACUGACUUUAGUCUAUAAACUACUAUUUGUAUAAUGCUUUUUUAAAUUUAAAAUAUUGACUUUCA